AUGGCACCAAACCGAUUACAAUCAUCAAGACUUAUAGCCUUAGCUCAACAGCUCCGUCUCUACAAACCUCCUCCGACGUUAGAUGAUACUGAUGAUGAAGAGCAAAGAACUGAAGAGAGCGUAGGGAAGGUUGUUCCUCAACUGGGUUUUGCAUAUUCUGCAACCCCAGUGUUCAAUCAGCCAAAAAAGUUCACACCCAAUAGAGCUGCUGUUCUGAUCUGUCUCUUUGAAGGGGAUGAUGGUGAACUUCGUGUCAUUCUCACUAAGAGGGCUUCGAAGCUCUCUACUCACUCAGGUGAAGUUGCAUUGCCUGGUGGGAAAGCAGAGGAGGCAGAUGCAGAUGAUGCUGAGACAGCAACUAGAGAAGCAAGUGAAGAGAUAGGCUUGGAUCCUUCAUUUGUAAAUAUUGUAAUUACAUUUGAGCCAUUCUUGUCCUUGCACCUCGUUAGAGUAAUUCCUGUUGUUGGCAUACUUUCUGACAGGAAAGCCUUCAAACCUGCUCCUAAUGCUAGUGAAGUGGAAGCAGUAUUUGAUGCUCCAUUGGAAAUGUUUCUCAAGGAUGAAAAUCGGAGAUCAGUAGAGACGAAGUGGAGGAGAGGCAUGUGGCUGGUUCAUUUCUUUGACUAUAAGACAAAUGAUAAGAAGUAUGUGAUAUUUGGUUUAACUCGGAUUUUGAUUCGGGUAGCAUCUGUUGUUUACAAAAGACCACCGGCUUUCUUGGAGCAGAAUCCAAAAUUUAAGACUAAACCCAGGCUUUGAAAAGAACUGAACUCCGAGAUGUUGGAGGCAAUCGGCAACAAGUCUGAAGUAACAUUUUCGUAGAGUUUAUUGACAAAAAACUCGCUCCAAGUCUUUCUCCUAAACUUCCCCCAGGUUUGUCAUCGUUAAUGACUUCAAAGUUUUCGUUUGACUGCUUGGUGUUCUCGCAGGGCAUCCUUCGGUGCACAGAAUGCUUAUUCCACUGCAUCGACAUCUUGGGAUAAUUUCUCAGUUUUGGAGUUAGUUUGAGUUUGCAAGUGUGAUAGUUUAGAUCUGUUCAGCAAAAAAGAAGAGCUACAAAGCUUCAGCUUCAAUGAAAAUUAUAAUAGCCAAAGCUCUGCUGACUUAAAUAUGACAGUGGCCUUCCUAUAAGUCAGAUUGUUUGUAAAUGUGUUUUCUGUGGAACUUCAAUGUUGAUAUCUGGAAACAUUGAAAUAUUGUAUACAAUCUUCAUUCACUUGGGC